AUGCGCACCUUUGACCACGUUAAUAAUACUGAAAAUGACACCGCGCAGAUUAGACGGGGUAUAGACCAUAUAGUGCCGGAUCUUGUGCAAAAUUUCCGUGCUAUGGACCCGAGCGAGAUACAGGAGUUGUUUGGACGGGAUGCAUUGGCCAAAGUCAAGAACUUGCUGGCACUCAAGGAUCUCAAUCUCAACGUGGACAGAUCCCUGCAACCUAUCCUCAAGCGCAUCGUUGAAAAUACCUUUGAUUGGGGGCUGAACACCGAUGAAAAGGAGGCAACCUUGCAAUAUCGUCAAUGGCUACAAGGGCACAAAAAUUCUUGUCUAUAUGUUUUCGGGGAACUUGGAACAGGAAAGACCUCCUUCUGCGCGAAGCUGUACGCGGAAAUGAAUCAUCGCGAUAGCAGAGACACUCUGGCCGCAUUCUUUCAAUUCAUGCCCAACCAGCAAAAGUCCCAAUCAGUGUCUCAUAUGCUGAGCUCGGUCAUCUGGCAAAUCGCAGAACAAGACGCCAAGUGUUGCAGUGCUCUUGCCAAGAGCUCAACCACCUUUCGAAAGGUUUACGUUUUGUUAGAUGAUAUCCACUUCAUGAAAAGCCAAGACCUUAAGCACAUGCUGAAAUUUUUCCAAGAUCUUCACCCAUACCAGAACCGGAUUCAAAUUCUGAUGACAGGAGACAAUCGAGGCAGUAUCCCGAAAUUGAAUGAUACUCCAUGGUGUUGGGAAGUUGACAUGGUCGAGGCAACCAAAGUUCACGGCGAUCUUGAACGCAUCGUGGAUUAUCACCUAAAAAAUAGCCAGUUGGACAAAAAAAGCCAAUCCAUCGUACGCACAGAAUUAAAGAAUGUGCCCGACAGUAAGCCCGAAAUUGCCAGUCCCAAAUUUCGCUACGCUAACAUGUAUCACUUCUUAGAGACGUUAUCUGUCAUAGAGCUCGCGAUCAUGACCUUAAAAGAUACUGCCUCGAGCAACAGGUCGCAAGACGAAUAUAUUAAGGAAAAGAUCAGAGAGCUCUUCAAUGAAACAGGGAUGCUCACUGAGAUUAUGAAGAAAGUGCUGGAAGGGAAAAAUCCAGUAGACAGGAAGUUUGCCCAACUGAUCUUCAAAUACUGCACAUUUGCCAAGGAGCCAUUGACCGUUUACCAACUUGAGUAUUUGAUCAGCGCGGAAAGCCAACUCCCAAAGUCUUCGGACCUAAGCAGGCAAAUAUACGAGGCAUCCCCGGAAUUACUUAUCAUACAUGACUACCAAUCUAAUGCCACGGUGGAUCAUCAUGGAGGCAUGCAGGGUGGAAUGACCGCAGAGACACAAUCAGAGCGAUUCUCACUCAAGAACAACAGAUUUGAGGUGGUCACCUUUCGGCAGUCUGUUUUCAAGGAUCGCCUACAACGUUCUGAAAAUUCGAAACAAUCAAGUACUGAAAGCCUAAUUCCGGAUCCAAUCCAGGCGAAAGUUGACAUAUUUGUCAAGCUCGUGGAUAUUCUGUGUGGCAAAGACAACAUGGUUGAAGAUUUGCAGCCACUGCGAGUAUAUGCGGCAAAAUGGCUGAUGGGACAUCUGAAAGAUAUUAAUGUGCGAGAAGUCAGCUCCCAACAGGCUCGCCGUGUAGUGGAAGCCAUGAUGCAGGUACUCACAAACACUAAUAAUGUCUGUCGAGUGUUCGAAUCCGUGCAAAAUUCCCUGGACAACUAUACCGUGGCCUUGGAUCUUUACGCAACAGACCGUGACGAUGCUGAUGAGCACCGAGACCUUUUUCUUAAAUGGGCUGCUUGGAUGCAAUUCCAUAGUGAGGAAAGGCCGUCGGAUGGAGCACUGAAAUGGAUCAAGGAAGCACUUGAAGAACGCACCCCUAUUCUUGAGAAUAUAGCUCGAGGACAUAUGAUUAGUUGGAUGGAGGCGAGGACGGCCACUGAAGCUGAGAGUCCUUACUUGCUUUUGAGUGCAACUUUGUGGUCCCUUGGUCAGUUUUCAGAUGAGGGAACCUGGCUUUUCUGGACGAAAACAUCUGUUUCGAGGGCUCAUAAAAUCAUUCAAUUUGGUGACCAACACUCCAUACUAAACAGUCGCAAUUUCGUUACACAAGCGCGAUGCCGUAUUGCAGCUGCUCUAGGAUUGACUAACUCCAGUUGGCGGAGCGAGGAUUGGGAGGGGGCCCAAAAGCUCUACCAGGAGAACAUUGACAAAUGGGCCAAAGCAGAUAGCCCUGAAAUGUUCUAUUCUCACCUCGGUCUGGCAGAGACCUAUAUCAAGCUGAAGCCAGAGAGUGGUGGAAGUAGUGAUUUCAUCGAUACUUGGGCCAAUGUCCUCGAGCACUCAAGUGCCGCCAUGGAGAUCUGGGAGAGAGGGAAGGAGUUCAGAUCGGAUGUGCUGAGAAAGGAACGAUGCAUUGAGGGGUUUUACUUGAAGGCCAAGGCUUCGAGCAUGUGUGCCAGAACCAAGGAAGCAAUCGAGACAUGCAAGGUAGCUCUGCGUGAAAGCAGAGAAAGUACACCGAGAUUCAUGGAUAUUUUAUCGAUGUUGAUCGAGUUGUAUUCAAAGGAAAGUCAAUAUGAUGAGGCUCUCUCCGCUGUCAGCAACCUUUCUUGGAAGAUGAGGUCCCAGUGGGUAUGGCACCGGCUUGAAAAUAGAGAUGAAGAGCCUGACCUAUUUGACCAGUCUGCAGUUGAGACUGGACGGCUUGAUUUCACUAUUCAGGUCUAUGAGGACGCUGCUGAAUAUUGGGUCGCGGAUCCAGAAAAGCAUUUCAAUAUUCAGCUCAGUAUUGCAUGGGUGUAUCGGCGACUCGCAAAUGCCACCAAGAUGGCAGAUCGCAUCCUUCAGACAAUUCUGGAUGACUUCAAGAACAAAAAGCUUUUGGUCCAACCAAGAGCAGUGGGAGAUGCAUUUACGGAGCUAGUCGAUGUCAUCCACGAGACCUUCACUGUGAGUCACGUAGAAAAGGUCAGGAAACAGGCUGUUGAGCGCCUUCAAAUCCUUCUCCAUGACUAUAGAGACAGUCCUGGUCUAGAACGAGAGCAUCUGGCCACUGCGAUGCUCAGCUUAGCAAAUAUGCACAGGGAGAUGGGAGACAAAGAAAGCUACAAAAGGCUUUUAGGCAAAGCUUUCCGGCUCUGCAUCAACGACCUUGAAGAUUCAAUGGAAGCCAACGACAUGGAUGCCCUUGUAUUAUUGGCCAAGCUCCUCAUGUGUGUUGACAUGGACGUUCAUGCUAAAGUGGCACACUCUCUUAUAUUCUCCAGACUUUAUCAUGAUCCCAACUAUGAUUCCGAUUCCGAUUCCGAUUCUUCGGGGGAUGGACCACCCAAUGGUACCAGUGAGACGGGUGAAACUGGUGCCCAGAUCGAUCCUGGAAUUGAACAAUCGGAAUUAGAUCCCAACAACUCCCAGCCUCAUAUUAUAAUCAACGCGAAAGAACUUUCCUCUGGUAUUGAAAAUAACGAGGGGCUGGAGAGCAUUUUGAACGAGUCAGCAGAUCCAGACGCAGCCAAGAUGGAUAAAACCCCCGAUCUUCAUGCUGCAAAGGAGCUACCACUAUCUACGCCACCAGACAAUCCAUCACCCAAACAGGACCUGGUACCAGAUCGAUUGAUGUGGUGCAAUGGCACAUGCGGCAAGAAAAUCAUGGAGUUUGGGCCGAGUAGUGACAAGGGUCUUGUCUGCUUGGUUUGUCCGGAUGUGUAUUUCUGCAGAGACUGUCAUAAAAAGCAGGUGGAGCUGUACGAAAAAUCUCGAAAGGCAUUUUGGUACAGAUGUUGCUGGGCGAAGCACGAAUACGUAGAAACUCCCGUUGACGGAUGGCUUGGGGUUAGGAAGGGAGUAAUCAGAUUCGGAGAGAACGAAAUCCCCUGGAGCGUGUGGCUGGAACUUGUGAUUGACACGUGGAAGUACCGUAUUGAACGGAUAUAA